AUGGCUAAGCGAAAGUACAUGUCCAAAGUUGACGGAAAAAUCAACGUGGGAGAAAAACACCAAGCUAAGAUUCCCGAGCUGGUGGUGACUGACGAAAAUGGCAAGGACGUGGUGAACACAGAAAUGGAGGAACAAGUAGAUGCCAUCGUAAAUGAUGUUCGAACGAAUAAGAGAGCCCGUGUGGAGGAUGAAAUAGGUUCUAAUGCUGGAGAAGGAGCAGCAACUUCGGGUGAACAGUUAGAAUCCGAAAUUGCGGAUGCAAUAGUUGGGUCGAAUCCAAAUAACGUUGACAACAGUAAUGCAGUCGCCUCGAAUGAAGGAGCCGGCGCCGAUGCGAACGAGGUGAACGCCGCGAACGCCGCAAACGCCACGAACGACACGAAUGACACGAACGCCGCCAACCACGAGAACCACGAGAACGACGCAACGCAAGACACGAACGCAGAAGAAACGACAGCAAACGACGUGGCAGAUACUGCUAACACGCUAAAUGAAGAUAACCAAGACGACGCUGGAGCUAGCAAUAUUGCAGAGGCCUCUGCUGGCGGAAACUCCAACGGGGAUGAUGUAGCGACACCUGAUGAUAAUGCAGAUUCGGCUGUCACGGAGGAACAAAACAACGACACGAAUGGAAGUGCGAACGAGGCUGCGACUGAAAACGUUAAUGAGGAGGCUGCGCCGCAGGAAAACGCAGAAUGA